AUGGGAUUCGAUACGGACAACCAGAGGGUCAUCAUCCACGUGAAAGAUGUCAACGACGAAUCGCCUUACUUCAUCAACAGGCCGCUCCCGAUGCAGGCGGUGGUACAGCUCAAUGCACCCCCCAACACCCCCGUCUUCACCCUCCAGGCCAGGGACCCGGACACCGACCACAACAUCCACUACUUCAUCGUCAGGGACAGGACUGGCGGUAGGUUUGAAGUGGACGAGAGAUCGGGUGUCGUCCGUACCAGAGGGACCGACCCGUUCCAGCUGGACAUGGAGUACGUCCUCUACGUGAAGGCUGAGGACCAGAACGGAAGGGUCGACGAACGGAGGUACCAGUCCACGCCCGAAGAACGGCUGUCCAUCGUCGGGGGUAAGAGGGCCCCACAGUUCUACAUGCCCAACUACGAAGCCGAGAUACCGGAAAACCAGAAGAAAGACUCAGACAUCAUUUCAGUCAAAGCUAAAUCUUUUGCUGAUCGUGAGAUCCGAUACACUUUAAAAGCACAAGGACAGGGUGCUGGAACUUUUAAUAUUGGUCCAACAUCUGGUAUUGUUAAGCUAGCGAAGGAAUUGGACUUUGAAGACCUAAGACAGCCUCACGUUUAUUCUUUAGUUGUUACUGCUACUGAAGAUUCGGGCGGUUUCUCUACAUCUGUAGAGCUUACCAUUCGUGUCACUGAUGUUAAUGAUAAUUCACCUAAAUUUGAACUACCUGAUUACCAAGCACAUAACGUAGAUGAAGAUAUCCCGCUCGGCACGUCCAUUCUCAAAGUAAAAGCAACCGAUGCCGACUCUGGUGCCAAUGCUGAAAUUGAAUACCAAGUUUCAGAUGACCAUUUUGCUGUUGAUUCAAAUGGAAUUGUAAAUAAUAACAAACAACUUGAUGCUGAUAAUAAUAAUGCCUAUUAUGAAUUCAGUGUUACUGCCAAAGAUAAAGGAGAACCGGCUAAAACGGGGACAGCAACGGUAAGGAUAUAUACGAAAAAUAAAAACGACGAAGAGCCGAAAUUUUCUCAGCAAGUAUAUACUCCGAAUGUAGAUGAAAAUGCUGGUCCAAAUACACUUGUAACGACUGUGGUAGCAUCUGAUAAAGAUGGUGACAAUGUCAGGUUUGGAUUUGUUGGUGGUACGACAUCUUCUGGGCAAUUUGUGAUAGAAGAAAUUACUGGUGUAAUUCGGCUCCAUGGAAAAGCAAUCUCUUUAGAUAGGGACAAGUACGAGUUGAACGUUACUGCAAUGGACGAUGGUUCCUGUUGUGUUAACGGGGCUCAAACAGUACACACUUCUACUGCAGUUGUUGUUGUAUUUAUUACUGAUGUUAAUGACAACAAACCUGUUUUUAAGGAAUGUGGCACUUAUGCUCCACAAGUUGAAGAAGGAGCUCCUAACGGAAGUCCAGUUAUCAAAGUACAUGCCACUGAUGAAGAUAAAGGUGUGAAUGGUCAAGUGAAAUAUUCUAUUGUACAACAGCCAAAUCAAAAAGGUACAAAAUUCACUGUUGAUGAGGAAACUGGAGAAGUAACAACUAACAAGGUUUUUGACAGAGAAGGUGAUGACGGGAAGUUUGUAUCUGUAACCGUCAAAGCUACAGAUCAAGGAGAUCCAUCAUUAGAAGGAGUCUGUUCUUUUACAGUUGAAAUAACAGACGUUAAUGAUAACCCACCACUUUUUGACAGACAGAAAUAUGUUGAAAAUGUCAAACAAGAUGCCAGUAUUGGCACCAACAUCCUUCGUGUAUCAGCUUCUGAUGAAGAUGCAGACAAUAAUGGUGCUAUUGUUUAUACUCUAAGCGCACCUUCUAAUCCUAAUGACCUUGAAUAUUUUGAAAUUCAACCUGAAUCAGGUUGGAUCGUGCUGAAGAAGCCUCUUGACCGUGAGCGAUACCGCCUCCGGGUGAAAGCCUCUGAUCGAGGAGAACCUCCAACAACAGCGGACGUCGAUGUUGAGUUAGACGUCGUUGACAGGAACAAUAAACCUCCCCUCUGGGACAGGUCUGUCUAUGGGCCCUUCCGUGAAUUGGAAAAUGUCACUGUUGGUACUGUGGUUGCUUCGGUCAAAGCCAGGUUUCGGGAGACUUACAAACUGGAGGCUAAGGCCCAAGACAAGGGCUUUCCACAACUAUCUAGAUCGGUCGAGGUACAGAUAGAUGUCGUCGACCGUGCUAACAACCCUCCAAUCUGGGAUCAUGUUGUGUACGGCCCGAUCUACAUCAAGGAGAACAUGAAUGUUGGGGCCAAAGUUGUCUCAAUCAAAGCAAGGUCGAACAAUGGAGCCCAACAAUUAGCCUCUGAGGCUACUGUUUUCAUAAUGCUGGAAGAUGUCAAUGAUGAAAUCCCUUUGUUCACUGAGAGAGAACAGGAAACAGUUUUAGAAGGAGAACCGAUCGGAACUAAAGUUACACAAGUGAAUGCUAUUGAUAAAGAUGGUACCUUUCCAAACAAUCAGGUGUAUUACUUUAUUGUGGAUUCACCAAGAAACGAAGGAAAGGACUUUUUUGAAAUCAAUAUGCAGACGGGAGAAGUUUUCACAAAGGUCGUAUUCGAUCGUGAGAAGCAGGGAGCAUACGCGUUGGAAGUGGAAGCCAGGGAUGGAGCACCAUCUGCGAGACCCAACUCCGGCCAGGACCCAAAUUCAGGUUAG